CCUCCUCCUCCUCCUCCUCCAAAACUUGAACCAGCCGGGUAUUCUACGAAUCCCCAGCGUCACACUCUCAUCAGCAUCACGAUGGCCACCGAAGCGCCCCAGAUCGAGGCCCCUGGUGUCACCCAGACCCAGCCGGAGCAGCAGCAACAAGAACAACAACAACAACAACAGCCACAGGAGACCACCCAGAAGGACCAACAGGACCAAACCACCACCAACAACAACGAGAAGCCCGACGGGGAAGCCGGCGACGACGCCGCUGCCGCCGCCGGUGCUGCUGCGUCGGCGCCCUCCCAGAAGAAGCCCAACCCGCUCAAGAAGGUCACCAACGUCUUGAAGGCCCUCUUCGGCUGCCUGCGCAAGCCGGCGGUCGCGGACGAACAGCAUCAGAAGGAGCAGAAGGCCGGCGACGACGAGGCCAAGAAGGCCGGCGCCAGCAGCAGCGAGAAAGGCAACGACAACGAAAAGCCCCAGGGCGAGGGUCAGCCGGCGGAUGGCGCCACUGCCACUGCUGGCGCCGCGCAGGCUUGAUUUCCUGUCGGGUUUUGUGAGAGGUGACGCGGAGAGAAGGGGGAGAUUGAUCUUCUGGUUCGAAAAAAAUUAGAGGUCCAGUUGUGUUGACAGGGGUUGGAUAUAUACCAUUUGUAAUGGCCUUUUUCCUCAUUCUUUUAACUUUCUCGACGUUUUUUUGUUUUUG